AUGUCAGCUGAGGAGGCGGAAAAGCCCUCGACGGCGGUACCUGCCUUGGUGCAUCUGCAGGAUCUGGCCACCCACCAAGACCGAGCGUGGAACUUGGCUUGGAAUCCUCGCCUACCGUUGUUGGCCAGCUGCUCCACCGACAAGACCGUCCAUCUGCACUCUUUUCGCAUGAAUGAUCAUGGCUCGACCAACGGACCAUCGUCCUCUUCACCAUCAUUGGUCUCCACCCGCGCUCAUCCGCGUUUCGAACUUCGGGAGAGCAUACCCACAGGGCAUUCCAGAACCGUACGAGGAUUGUCUUGGGCUCCCAGCGGCAAGACCCUAGCUACAGCUUCUUUCGACUCCACUGUCGGCAUCUGGGAGCGCGUAAGCGAUAUCAACGCAGCGUUGGAGGGCAAAUCAGUGGAAGAACCUCCCAAACUCGGGCAUUAUCCCGAAGAGGGACCAGAGUGGGAUUGCAUAGGCACGCUGGAAGGUCACGAGUCCGAAUGCAAAGCUGUGUCAUUCUCUCCUAGCGGUACGCACUUGGCGAGUUGUUCCCGCGAUCGAUCGGUUUGGGUUUGGGAAGUGCAACCAGAGGCGGAGUUCGAGUGCCUGAGCGUACUUAUGGACCACUCGCAAGACGUCAAAUGCGUCCUCUUCCACCCUCACGAGGAGCUUCUCGCCAGCGCGUCCUACGACGACCAGAUCAGACUGUACAUCGACGAUCCUUCGGACGAUUGGUUCUGCAUCUCCACAUUGUCAAGACACGAGGGUACUGUUUGGGACAUGGCCUUUUCUCCAGAUGGCAAAUAUCUCGCUAGCGCAAGCGCAGACUGCACAGUCCGCAUCUGGAGGCGAUUGAAUGAGGAAGAGGCAGCAGAGAGGGGACUCAAGCCGGAAGGCAAGAUGCCUGGCCGCAAGGGAGAAAAGUGGGUGUGCGUGGAUAUCCUCAAGGGUCACCACUCCAGAACAAUCUACAGCGUGUCUUGGGGUCAUGACAGCAAGACUGAGGAGUCAGGGUUGGGAAGGAUAGCUACGGCAGGUGGCGAUGGUAGAAUAUGCGUCUUUCAGAUGCAAGAGCCGGCCGAAGGCAAGAUGGCUCCGAGCAGAGCUCUGAUCGCUCAGAUCGAUCAAGCCCAUGAAGACGCGGACGUCAACAGUGUCAGGUGGGCUCCGAGAUCUCUGAAGGUCAAUCUCGACGCGCAAAUGAGCCGGUUCGAGGAACUCGACGAGGAUGGCGACAGUGGAAAGGAUACGCAUCCAGAGUAUGCGGGCUUAUCAGAUUUGCUGGCCAGCGCUGGUGACGAUGGUACAGUCAAAAUUUGGACCGUACCUGACAGCAAGUGGGCCAGGAAUCUAACGGCAACGUAA